ACGAAACAAAAAUGGUUUGAAGAUGUUUUGUAUUGGCAAAAUCAACUCCGCAUUCUAAUUGGGUUUGUAUGUUUUUAUGAUAAUGUUUCAGUUUCAAAGCACGAUGUUUCCCCCAAUUUUCAAUAUAAAUAUUCUUUCAUUUCAAUUGAUUUCUAAAUAUUAUUCGUUCAUCAUUGCUGCACACUUCAUUUCUUGCUGUGUCUUCUUCAGAAAAGCCUCACACAUCUGCAUUUUGGAUUGCAAACAGAAACACGAUCUUCGAACGUGACUCUCUUUCAAAUCAUUGCUGAUUAGAUAACGAUACUCGACAGAUGAACGAGUGAUUUUGAGUGAUUCUGUGUCAUUUCACGUAAUUUUACAAGCCACGGAAUUAAUUCGAUCUGCAUCCUUUUGCAGCAUAAACGAAUAAUGAAUUCAUCAAUUUGAUUUUGCUUAACUGUAUUUGUCCAGGAAUGUGAACGAUCAAUCCUUUCGAAUUCACAUUGCUUGAGAUCUUUGACCAUUCUUCCUGUUCUGUUGUCAAUGACAAGAUAAGUAUUACCAAAUUCAUUCACUUUGUACAAGUGACGAGGAAUAUUGGCGGUCGAAUUAAGAAUUUCUUUACUUCAAUGUGUAUAGCUUACCCCCCAUUGAACAUUGCAUCGCGAAUUUUCAAUUCGAUGGCGAAAUGAUCAUAAUUCCGAGCGAAAUGUGUCCAACAACAAUUUGGAUUUGUAAAAUGAACAUUUCGAAUGAAUUCAACGGGCAUUUUUGAAUCGGAGUCCGAAGUUGCUCAAAAGAGAGCUACCAAUUGACAUGAAGUGUGUGCAUGUGGCGACGUUGUCAACUUAACGAAAUGUCACCAACGCGAAUAGCAAGCGUUUGCAUCGCAAUAUCAAUGACGUAGGAUAUGCUGAGUUCGCCAUUGUUCAGUGAGUCACCGAGUGAAGCAGACAUCCUGAAAGACGAUACGCAAACAAAAUCAAUUGAAUUUUCAGCAGAAAAAAAGGCAUCGACCGACAAAAUGAACCCAUUCAAAGGUGCUUCUGGUCGACGCAGUAAGCGCAAGUCAAAUUGUGCAAAGGUUGAAGUCAAGCAAGAGCCGGUGAUUAAGGGUGAGCCGAAUGACGGUGACGAUGUCAUGAACAUUCCACGGCCACGAGAUUAUGGAAGAUAUCGUGUGAAUUACGAAGGACCGAUCGACUUUGCGUAUGACUUCGAUGAGGUGAAGGAUGAAAUAAUCAAAUGCGAAGAAGAAGAAGAAGAGACGGGCAAAGGAAAGGACCCGGCAUCAUGUGAGCGAUCGAAUGACAACGCUGUCAAUGAUGAUGACAACGAAGAGCUAAUUGGUGACACAAUCGAUGUGCAACAACCGAAACCACUUGGGAGCGAAAAGAAAUGGAAUGGAAGCUCCAAAAGACGGAAUAAACAAACGAUUCCCAGGAAUCAAGCGGCCAAAAAGCAAAAGAAGCACAAAUGCCAUGUGUGCAAUCAUUUGGCAAGUAAGAACUCUAACCUCAAAAUACACUUGCGAAUUCACACUGGAGAAAAGCCGUUUCAGUGUGACGUUUGCUCGAAGUCCUUUGCACAGAAAAGUAUCCUGAACCGUCAUAAGAAAACGCAUGACUCAAAGCCUCAAUUUCGUUGUUCAAAAUGUUAUAAAAGAUUCGAAGAAGAAUCAGACAACAUCGAUCACGAAAAGCUAUGUAGUCCCCAGCAAUUUGAAUGCGACACUUGUGGAUAUAGAACGAUCAACAAAUCACAUUUGAAAAGACAUAUGCGGACACACACCGGGUAUAAGCCGUUCGAGCGCUCAAUCUGUUUCAAGUCGUUUACAAGCAAUGCUUAUCUUCAACAACAUUCAAUGUCUCACAUCGAUGGACCGCCGAAUGCUUGUUCGAAAUGUUGUCGACGAUUUGCCACUCCAGACAAUAAGCAAUCACACGAAAUGCGCUGUCAACAAAGUCUUUUCGCAUGUAAUCAGUGUUAUUACAAAACUGUUCACAAGCGUUCGUUGGAGUGGCACAUGCAAUCAAAACACGGAGCAAAAAGAUCGAUUGAAUGUGAAAUUUGCAGCAAACAGUUCGUCCAACAGAUUACAUUAAAUCAGCAUUUGUCAUCAGCACACAGCGAUCGAUUCCCAUUCCAAUGUUCCAAGUGCUUCGGAGGAUACGCAACUGAGGAUGUAAAAGAGGUUCAUGAAGUUAGCUGUGGCUUUCGUCAAUACCAAUGCCAUUUGUGCAAAGAGCAUUCUCGUUCCAAACAAAUGUUGAUGUAUCAUAUGCGAAAAGAUCACACCGGAGAGCGGAUUCGAUGCAAAUUGUGUGCAGCAAGCUUUUUCCAGAAAAGUCAUGCCGAUCGACACAUGAAAACAGUUCACCGUUUGAAAAAGUAA